CACAUUCUGGCUGGGUGUAUAUCGUGCUGUGCGACAAAAAGAUUAAGUCAGUUUCUCGGGAAGGCAUACGGUAUCGAGUCUUUAUGCAAACCAGAAGUCCACACCAGACAGCCCAGUUCCAUCCUCCAAAUACCGGCCAAAAAGAGAGAAAAAGAAAAAGAAAAAAAAAAAAUGAUAAUAAUAAGUAAGCGCAAAAAAAAGAACGUCCCCGGGAAGGCUCGAACUUCCAACCUCCUGAUAACAGCUCAUGAGCAUAACAGUCAGACGCGCUAGCCUAUUGCGCCACGGAGACAGAUUAUCUUAGUUUACUCCAUCAAGCGUUUGGCAUCCAAGCAAUAAUGGCAUCAUGCAUACACCGUACGAUCUUGAAGUACCAUAGCACGGUUGGACGCUGGUGUUCGAUGGGUCUGCUCCCACUCAUAUCAAUUUAUCCAGGUCUUAAUUCCGGCGAACGGGCGAUUCGGAAAGUAUCCAGGAGGGUGCCAUCACAGAUUGCAUUCCGUCGCCUUGAUCUUCAAUCUGGAAGGAGCUUCCGUAUCAAUGAUCCGUCUCUGGAUGUCAUAUCCGUUGGAACUCGCCAAGGGAAUGCAUAGCAGCUGUUAUCGCAAUAACCACGAAUCGCGCGGUAUGGAUAGGUAUGCCCGGAUUCCGUUAGUCGGGGAUCAUAAAGCUAUGGUAGACAUAUUGAGCUUUCAUUCAAGGUUGCUUGGUCCGACGAGAGUUUCCAGUAUGUGACUGUGUCACUAAUAGUCACGUCACUACCUGUGUACUACUUCCAGGCUAUGCCUCAUGGGGGAUGGAUAAGAGCAAAAAUAAUAGCGAAGAGAAAGAGAAAAUAAAAAGAAAAUAAAAAGAAGAGACGUUGGCAGACUGGGUGUUGUAUGGAGGGGGA